AUGCCAAUUAAACUCCCCAAAGGCUUUACCCGACGGAAAUCGUCUGGUAAUGUCCUAGACGAGGUAGAAAAUCCUCCUCAGCCGUCCUUUCGAGUCUUCGAACGUCCUUCCGUCGAUAAGAAGUCCAUGAGCGAUGGCAAUCUUUUGUCGAAAAGGCUGAGCUCGGGACAACCUUUAGAUUCACCCACGGAGGAUCAGGACAACAUCUUUGCCGGGCCCCUGAAUCAUCCCCAAAGAAACUUAGGCGUACGCGACCAUUCGUCCGGUCAUAUUAACUCUUCGCCCAAACGUCGCUCAACAGACGGUCCGCUGUCACCGGACAACUCAUCGCCACAUUCACGAAACCUCUACGAUAUUCCGAUACCCCCUAUCUCUGGUGCAUUGCGGGCAGCUGGCCGAACCUUUUCCUUCGGUGGGAGAUUUUCGAAAUCGUCGGCGCCCCCGCAACAACAAUCUACUCCUGGUCCUUCUCGGAAUAGGGCAAUGACCAACAGCACGAGCAGCACCGCAACCCCUCCCAAACUGCCGGAUACAGAACUGCGGAUUGGUCAGAUGGGGGACGACUUCCACAACAUGUUCGACGAUCUCGGGAAACGAGGCAACGCUGCCCAGGAAUCAUCGCGGAAUUCGUCCGUGGACACGUACUCCUCUUCACCCCCCGAGGCGGCCUUCCGCAAGGAAGAAAAGUUGCCCCGUCCCGCACCCAUCGAUACAGAUCGGUCGAAAGAAGUCGAACCCUCGCCGUACUCAUGGGGUAGCCGUCACUCAGAGGAGGGUCUUUUGGCCGCCGUUGAUUCGCCGCACGAUGAACCCCCGGCACCAUAUUUGGGGUUUACCCAUUCCACUACAUCCUACCGAGAUGGGCGAAGGAAAUCCAUACCCUUCUCCAACGCAAUGCCCGUCACGACAACGACUCACCGUUCCCUUGAGAAACCGGACGGCAUGGCAGAAAAGGGCCUACGGAGAAGUGUUUUAUACCCUAGCAAGCGGGAUUCAACGCCCGUCGAGGAUGAGGACGCCAAAUUAAUCAUGUCAUCUCUCUAUUCGAACAAGCGAAACUCGCAAGUGCCAUUGGUGUCAGACCAAGAGGACUCGGAUGCAGAGAAUGAGACUCCGCUAUUCACCAAAGCGCCAACGUCCCCGGUUAACCAGCGGGAGCGACUUACUCCUCCGCCCCUGCAACCUCCGACACACAAAUCUCCGGGCCUGAAUGAUGACCACCUCGACCCCUCUAUCGCGGCCCAUGCGCGAUUGGCCGUGCAAUACGAGACCCAACCACCGCCGGUGCCAUCGACCAACAAAGUAAUGACACCCUCUCAAUUUGAGCAUUAUCGGCAGCAGCAGGAGCUCCGACGGUCACAUAGCGAUGCUUCGAAGAGCGAGGACUCCGCAGAAAGCGAUUUCGACGAAGAGGACGAGGCCGAGAAGAAUCGGGAAGCGGAGAAGCAACGGCGAAAGCAAGAAGCACAUCUCUCCGUAUAUCGGCAGCAGAUGAUGAAGGUGACGGGCCAACAGUCCCCUGCAGCUUCUCUUCGACCAGAAAUGGAUCGGGCGAGCAACAGCGUACCAAACCUCGCCGUCCAUUCCUUCAACCAAGGGAACAGGUCAGGCAGCGGGAAGAGUAGCGAGGGUGAUGAGGACGAGGAAGUUCCCUUGGGGAUCUUAGCAGCGCACGGGUUCCCGAAUAGGAACCGGCCACCCAGUCGACUGGCACCGUCGAAUUCGAUCCCAAACAUGCGGGCAUCGUUCCAUCAGCCUUACAUCUCGUCUCCCGGAUCGGUUGCAGAGAAUGAUGCCGGCAAUCGCAGCAGCCUGCCUGUUUUCGCCCGGAAUCUACCCCGAGACCCCUACUAUGGGGCGGGCUUGGUGAAUUCGUCCAACCGAGAGUCCCUGGCUCUCGGAGGAGGUGCUUCCGUUUACGGAGGACCCUCGGCUGCCGCAGGUCCUCCGCCCGGAUUCCCUCCAGGGGGAUUAAUCGGUGUCAUUGCCACGGAGGAGCGCGCGAGAGCCAUGAGACGAGGGAGCCCGAACACCCAAGCCAUGCAUGACUACCAUGCUGCGAUGCCUUCGGUCCCGACCCAGCCCAAUGGCAUCCCGAGGCCCUAUACCAUGAUGAGCCUGAAUCCACCCAAUCCCUCGGCCCCUCAGCAAGGGGUUUCGGCCACGGAGCAAGCUCAAAUCCAGCUUUCCCAGCAAAUGUCAAGUAUGAUGCAGAUGCAGAUGCAAUGGAUGCAGCAGAUGAUUCACAUGCAAGGUGGGCAAGGCCCACCCCAGCAGUCGAUGCCGCCAGGCGGCUUCCCUUCGUUCGUGGCCCCUCCCACCGUGAGACCGUCUUCGAUGCCGUCGGCAGGCCCGAAUAAUAAUGUUCCACCCGCAUAUGGCGGCGGUGACCAAAGAACUCUUAGCCUUCUUGACCCGAACGCUUCACCCCGAUUGAACGCUCCGGCCAUGCCGUUCGCCUCCGGCGUGAACCGGCCGAGCACCCCGGCAGGGCAAGGCUAUGCGCCGUCAAUUGCGCCAUCAGAGCGGAGCAACGUUGGACUGGCGCCGCGGUAUCGCCCAGUGUCUACCCUUCAUCCGGACACUGCCUCGGCGGCUUAUCCCCUCGCCUCCAAAGCAUGGAACGAUGAGAACCAGAGAUCUUCCGUCUCCAUUGCUUCUCCGGCCCCCGCUUCGCAGAUGGCCAAGCCGGCAUCCCGUCCAAUUUCCAAUGGCGGAAAAUCCGCUUUGGCUCGUGGAUCGGGCAAUGGCAUCGAACCGGAUGAGGAUGACGACGACGAAGGGUGGUCUGAAAUGAUGAAGAAACGGGAGAAUAAGCGAAGCAAUUGGAAAUUGAAGAAGGAGACGUCAAGUCUCGGCGACUUACUGAAUACAGUACAUUGA